AUGUCUCUCACUCUCAAACUCUCCUCCCUUGUCAUCCGCACACUGUCGAAGCCGAUCGCCAACCAACUCAAAGCACAGGCUCGCGAGCAUGAACGUUUCCGCCGGAUCUGCGUCUCCAUGGCGCAAGGGCUCCACCGCAUCGACAUGCGGCUCCGCCUAGGCAGCCUGCGCGACACGGCCGCAUCUCAGAAACGGGCCGCGGCCGAAGCAGAGCUUCGCAAGCUCAAACCCACCUCCCCGACGGCCAAGACCGAGGCCGAGACCAAGGCGGAAGAGGCGGCCCUCGCCAAGGUCCAAGAGGCGGCCAAACCGGCGCCCAAGCCGCACAUCCGGCCGCUGUCGGAGUCCAAGGCCAUCGAAUCCGGUGCGACGUUCAUCAGUGAGACGUUCUUGUUCCUGGUGGCGGGGGGCUUGAUCGUAUUCGAAUCGUGGCGGUCGCGCCGGAAGGAGACAACGCGCCGGGAGGACGUGGAGACCCGGCUGGCGGAGCUGGAGCAGACGGAAAAGGCGACGAGGGAGGCCCUGAUCGCGCUGGAGAAGGAGCUGCUACAGCUGAAGGCGAAGCAUGGGGAGCUGUCCAAGUCGUCGAAGCGGAUCCUGCCGCGCUGGGUGUGGGAAGAGCCGGAGGAGACGGCCCAGGAGGUCGAGACUCCAGGGUUGCUCACCCGCGUGGCGUCGUUGUUCUCGUUCGGGGAGAGCGCGGAACAGCGAGCUGAAGCGGUGAUCAACGAGAGCAAGAGUGUCAGCACGACAUCGACCGGUGAUGCGCAACAGCCUGCACCAGUGGCA